CUUUUGGGCGGGUUUUGGGUUGUCAUUGGGCUGGAGAUGUUCUUGGACUUGCAAACCCUGCCCAGGUAUGUGACGUCGCUUGGGCUCAGGUGAGCUUGUUCCUGGCAGGCUGUCAGAAGCGGGAAGCCACACAUCUGCACAGCACGUAAGAACAUGGCUGUCCGUGACAAGAUGCAGACGUGGUGCUGCAGUGUUGGCACACUGAGACCGUGGCUCAUGCUUGUCUCUGGGAUUUUACUCAGCGUUGAGAACCGGGGGGUCAUGGCAGCCCCCGAGACCGGACAAUGGAGUGUGACUAUUGUCAAUACCACAAAACCACUGCUGCUGAGAAAGUCCAUGUACAAAGACACAGAUGUCCAGUUGAAAGUUGUGUCAUUCAGCUGUCCAGAGAAGGUGACGUUUACCAUUAAGUGGUAUCUGAAGUUUUAUCCUUGUCACAACGAGUUCAAUAACAUAGAGGAGAUGUAUGACAGGACGCCCCUGAGCCGAGGUGAGGGGCUGGACCCCAACCCCCUGGGGCAGGGAGAGGGCAUCCUGCACAUGCACCAGCCCCUCACCUGCAACAGCAGCCUGCGCUUCUUCCCCAUGCUCAACAAAGCCAAGGCUGAACCUCGUCCCUUAGUGCUACAUGCGGAGGGGGCGGAACCGGACCAGAACUACACCAGAUGGACAAUGGAGGAGUACCAGCGUGGCUCCGCACCUCUGAGGAAUGCCAGCCUGCCUGCCAAGAGUGACGUCAUAGCAACCACCUGGAGGGACGGGCCCUACCUGCUGGUGGUCAAGAUCUCCUCUGAUCGGCCCGCCGCCGGCUGGAACCUGACCGUGAGUGUGGUGAUGAAGGGGUCCCACGGCUUCAUCUCUGUCACUGAGUGGCCUCUCAUGAUCUUCUACAUGGUGAUGUGUGUGGUGUACAUCCUGCUGGGCCUGCUGUGGCUGCUGUGGUCGGCCUGCUACUGGAAGGACCUGCUGAGGAUCCAGUUCUGGAUCGCCGGGGUGAUCUUCCUGGGCAUGGUGGAGAAGGCUGUGUUCUGCGCCGAGUAUGAGAACACAAACUCCAUGGGGGCUGCUUCCCCAGGCCUGCUGAUCUUUGCGGAGCUGGUGUCUGCUCUGAAGAGGACCCUGGCCAGACUGCUGGUCAUCAUCGUCAGUUUGGGCUACGGCAUCGUCAAGCCACGCCUAGGCACGGUUAUGCACAGAGUGGUGGGGCUAGGAGUCCUGUACUUUGCCUUCGCCAGCAUUGAAGGGGUCCUGAGGAUCACUGGGGCUAAAGACUCUGACCUGGCCUUGUUGGCCAGCAUCCCCCUGGCUCUACUUGACUCCUCUCUCUGCUGGUGGAUCUUCGUGAGCCUGGCGCAGACCAUCAAGACCCUGAAGCUGCGGAGGAACCCGGUCAAGCUGUCGCUCUACCGGCACUUCACCAACACCCUUAUCUUCGCUGUGUUAGCUUCCAUCAUCUUCAUGGUGUGGACCACUAAGAAGUUCAGGCUAGCAGACUGCCAGUCAGACUGGAUGGAGCUGUGGGUGGAUGAUGCCUUCUGGAGGUUCCUCUUCUCCAUCAUCCUUCUCGUCAUCAUGUUCCUAUGGCGACCGUCCGCCAACAACCAGAGGUACGCUUUCACUCCGCUGAUGGACGACUCGGACGAUGAGGAGAUAGAGGAGUUCUUGGUGUCAGCUAACAUAGCUGAUGGGAUCAAGCUGCGCGCCACCAAUAAGAAUGAGUCCAACGGGUCAGCCAAGCCCCCCCCUGCGGCCCCAGGAGCUGGCCCUGAUGAAGACUUGAAGUGGGUGGAAGACAACAUUCCUACCUCUCUGACAGACGUAGCUCUGCCAGUCUUGCUGGACUCUGAUGAGGAAAUCAUGACCACCAAGUAUGAGAUGUCCAAGAUGGAGUAGAUGGGAGGACCCCCCCCCCCCCUCUCCUCUCGUAGAGAACCCCUCUCCUGGACGACGCUCUCCUCCCCUGGAGAACCCUCUCAUCCCUGGAGAACCUCUCCUCUCCUGGACAACCCUCUCUUCCAGAACCCUCUCCUCUAGAACCCCUUUCCUAAAGAACCUUCCCCUGGAGAACCCUCUCCUCUCCUGGAGAACCCUCUCCUCUCCUGGAGAACCCUCUCCUCCAGAGUGUGUGUGUGAGGGGGGGGGGGUCUGGGCUGGAGGCUCCACCUCUGCCUGCCUUCCUCUCAGACUCUCCUAGACACCACCAUGAUGAUAGCAACAGACAGAGGCAACAAUGAUUACAAAAGCCAUCUGACUGACCACCGACCACACGUGCACUUUUCUCCAUGCAAAGCUCCUAGUUGGAAAGAGCCUUCUGUUCCAAAGGCAAUAGUUCACAUUAUAUUACAGGAUGUAUUUAUUUUUGUUUUAGUGACUCUGAGUGGAGGUAUUUUGGAGAUCCAGACUGGUUAUCUCCAAGCUAGACUGGAGGUGUUCUAGUUCUGCUUCUCACUAAGGGAUGCUGCAUCCCUUUUAUGUUAAGAUAUAAUGUGACUGGUCUUGUUUACGUGUGUGACUGUACAUGAAUGUGAAAGAAUGCGUAUUUGUGUGUAUUUACACACACAUUGUAUAUACUGUGUGUGUGUGUUGUUUGUCAAGGCUGGGACACGAUUCAUACAAUGUGUGUGAAUAAAGCAGUAGGAAGAGAAGUGUUCAUGUUCGACUCGGAAGGCACAGGGUGUGUGAGAGAAUGUUGAACUAAAGUGGUGUGUAUCAAUGAAAGCAGAUGUACGUUUGGAAGGUGUGUGUGAUGGUGAGAGGUGUUUGUGUUUUAAUGAGGUGUGUGUUUAGGCUAACGCAGGAAGGUGUGUGUUAUGCGUUAGAUCUUCUGUCCUGUGUAAAAUAAAAAGCAAUACUGGUC